AUGCUGCGCGUCAUUAGCGCCGUCUUCUUGAAGGACACACUGGAUGCUGCACAGAAUGACGCCGAACAGCUGGUCAUGGACAAGAUGCGGACGCAGUCGGAGUACAUUCAAAAGCUUGAGGAAAUCUUCAGGGCGAUCAGCUGCUCAAAGUCCAGUAUGAUCACGGAAGCAAGGCUCAUUGAGAUCUUCCAGAACCCGAAGGUGGCGGCUUACUUCCAGACCUUGGACUUGGAUGUGCAGGAGAGCCGAGCUUUAUUUCACGUCCUCGACAACGGCGACGGGGAGAUUUCUCUCGAUGAGUUUAUCGAUGGAGUGAUGCGGUGCAAGGGGCCGGCCAGGGCCAUCGACCAGGUGGCAAUGCACGCCGACAUGAGGCAAAUUGACAUGAAGCUCUCCAUGCUCAUGCGCAGCAUCGACGGCAAGUACAAAGCUGCUGAAGAGGAGGACAGGGCCGCACGUGCAAGCCCGGCACGCAGAGCUGAAAAGAUGAUGGUUUUCCGCUCCCAAAACACGAUGUGGAGCCAUCAAUGA